AUGUCGACCGACAUAAGCCUGCAUGAGCUGGUGGAUCUCUCCAUAGGGACCCCAGACGUUGGAUCUGUCAAUUUCAACGCGCUGCACACUUUACUGCACGCCAUCCUGGGACACCUGAAGAUCGAGAGGGUCACGACCACCUGGAAGGAGGUGGACCACGACCAUGACAGCCCAGCCCAGACUAAAGCCUUGCUGCUGGACACUUCGAGCCCUUACAGGGCGAUGGAGGAGAAGCUGCGGCGGAUGGAGGAGCAGAUGUGCGCGCUGGAGGCUCUGCCCAGCGCCUCGGAGCUCAUGAGGUCCGACACCGCGCUCAGCGACAUGUGGACGCUCAUGCAGCUCCGCAGAAAGGCGCAGGCCAACGAGGACGGGGUGUCCAAGUGUAUGGCCUUAAUCCAAGACCUGCUGAAGGAAAUCCAGGAACUCAAAGAGUCCAGAGACGAUCUGAGACUGGAAGUUGAUGGUCUGAACAAUCAGCUCAGCCAGCUGAACAUGAAUGAGUUGGCAGACCGUAUCAUGGCUAUGGAGCAGUACUGCCACCAAGUGGAAGAUUUGGACAACACUACGAAAGAGCUGAAGGAUAAGAUGGCCCAGUACCCUGUUCCAGAGGAGCUCACGCAGUGUGUCACAUGGGAAGUGAUGCAGGCUGCGCUCAUCAGCGAGAGGCAGAAAAUUCAGGAGGGGUUGCAGGACACCCUCUCCGCCGCUAAAAACAUUGCACCCGUUCACCCUUUGAACCUGGAUCUCUCUCGGCGGGUUUCUCCUCCCCAGCAGUCCCUGUCUGACGGGGCUCUGUGCACUGUGACGGGCCGCCGACUGUCCCGGGUCAGCAUUGGGGCUGAGCGCUACCCGGAGACCGUAGAGGCUCUGGUGGAGGUGGGCGGACUGAGAGACAGGCACGAGAGUCUGGAGGCCCGCGUGGGGCAGCUGGAGGCGAACAAGGCUGAUCAGACCCAGCUUCAACAUCUGUGUGAUCUUCUCAAUGCCAUGGAAGAGAGGCAGAUUCCUGACCGUGUACCAGAGCAGCUGAAUCAUCUGAGGGCUCUUGUGGACAGUCUGCUAGCAGAUAAAGAGAAGAACACUAAUCUGGUGAGCGACUUAGAGGGAGCCAUACUGCAGCUGCAGUCCGAGUGUGAGAAACUCCACAGAACAUCCAACCGCCUGAUGGAGGAACACAGCAAGAAACAGACACACAUCGACCGUCUGUUCAAGAUAGUGGAGGAACUGGAUGAAAAGAAAGCUGACAAGCAAGUGGUGGAAAUGGAAAUUGAAAUCAAAGCAGACAAGCGGGCUCUGGAGAGCAAGGUGAGCCGCAUGCAGUUCGACAGCAUGGCAGAGCAGCUCAAUAACAUGAUACAGGAUCUGCUGAGGAAGAUCAGCGGUCAGGAGCAGGACUGGAACAAGGUGAUCGAGAAGAUCUCCACUGAGAUGGACUGCAAGUUGAACCGGAUUGAGCUGGAUCCUCUGAAGAAAGAGCUUGACGAUCGGUGGAGGACCAUUCAUAAACAUCUGCAGACACCUCCGAUCCCCGAGCAGGACGACGCCGCUGGACUCAGGAAACAAUUAGUGGCCCGGUUUCACUGCAUCUCCUGUGAUCGCCCCGUGGAUAUGAUGACACCAGGACAGAACUUGGUGACUCUGCCCUCUGCCCCAGGACUGCCCUCUCACAAGUCCAGCCGGCCCUACACUGUGUAUGAGCUGGAGCAGGUGCGACAGCACUGCAGGAGUGAGAGGAUCCCAGAAAUGGCUGAUUACUGUUACCUGUCCCGUAACUGUGGGGGCAGCCACACCCUCACCUACCCCAGCCGCCGCUACACCCGCCUUCAGCACAUCACCCAUAUGAUCCAGAGCGAAGAGGAGAGUCGGCCCGUGUCCACUGGACCGCCCACAGAGGCAGCAGAGGUGGACAUCUUAGGUUUGGAUGGACAGGUCUACAAGGGCCGAAUGAGCAGCAGAGCAGUGAGACUCUCCGAGACCAGAUUUCCCACCAUCUCUCCUCGAGAAGGCAACUGGAAGAGCAAAGACAAGGUCAGCCGUUCACAGUCCCAGAGGUCAAGUGGAGUGGACGCUGGCCGUGGGAGUCCUGCAAGGCCACAGAGUGCCAAGACUCACCGCAGCCACUCAGCGUCCAGCACCUCGAUGAAAGAUCGGCCCCUGUCCUCUAUGGACUGUCUGUCCCAGGACGUCCCACUCCAGACCUCAUUCCAUGACAGCACCACAGAGCCGAAAGAAGCACUGGAGCUCCACAAAGAGCUCAGCCAAUCAGAAGAUGAGCCGGUGACAUCACUCUAGAGAUCCUCCAAUAGGAGCCGCUCCAUUGUCUGAAUGAAAUGUUUACAGCAGUGCGCGACACAAGCUAUAUAGGUGAAACAGAAGGUUCCUCUGUAACAUUGAGAAUAUCUAUAUAAGAUUUAAUAAAUGUUUUUUGCACAAGCGUCAGUCAUAUUAAAUAUGCAAAACAUUGUUUGUCAUCCAAUGUGAGUAUUAAUUUGCUUUUACAUUCUAAACUCUCUCGCAGUGUUGAUCUGAUGAAUUUGACCCUGUACUUGUUGGUGAACAUUUUUUCAAUCAGUUCCAACCAGUACAAAGUAUCUGGUAUAGAUUCAUGUCUGUUUCACCUCAAAUCUACCUCUUACAACAUACAGCUACCGCUUUAAUAAACAGCAAUUAUAUCCGUCAGAUGUAUUAUUCAGUUGAAGUAUUAAUGGUGAUAAUC